AUGGCACAAGGAUCACCAGAGAAGUGGGUCGUUCAACUGCCGCUCGUUUUGCUUGGCAUUAGAACUGCCAUCAAAAGCGAUCUGGGCUGUUCAUGCGCCGAGUUGGUCUACGGCAGUUCGCUACGCCUACCAUGCGACUUCUUCGAAGCCCCCGCCAAAACACCUGUGCCAUUAGCCGGAGACUACGUUUCCGACCUGCAAAACAUCUUCCAGCAGUUACGCCCCGUGCCUACACGCCCGCACGAAUGGAGAGCUCCUUACGUGUCUCCGCAGCUCACCUCUGCUGCACACGUUUUCGUGCGCAACUGUGCUGUGCGGAAGCCUUUGCAGCCGCACUACUCCGGGCCGUAUCGAGUUCUGGAGCGUCGUCCGUCGACAUUCGUCGUCAACGUCAACGGCCGGCCCGACACAAUCGCUCUCGAACGUAUCAAGCCUGCCUAUUUCGAAGCAACGUUGCCAUCGGCCCCACCAUCGUGCGACGCAACGCCACUGCGUCCCGGAUCGCUGCCUUCUCAUGCGACACCCAAGACAUCCCGUGUCACCUGGAGUUAUGAUCGCUCGUUGGACUUUCCUCCUCUCUAG